AAGUAAAAAAUGCACUCCUCCAGAAACCACCAGAUGAACAAGCUUCUCCUCCAUCUCAUCCUUCCCCUGAGCUUCAUCUCCCUCAUUUUUCAAUCAACCUCCACAUUCUGCGGCAAAACACAAAUCCCGACUCCAUUACUUCACUCCAACUCAACUCUCCCUCUGUCUCGAAUCCUCCAUUGCAGCGAGUCUCAGAAGCUCUACUUCAGAACAACUCUGGGCCUCUUCCCAAUCUCGUCCAUCGAUUCACAUACCAAAACCCUCACCAUUCAACACCCUUCUUCUUCUUCUUCUUCUUCUUGCCCUUCUACCAAACACUACACCUCUCCUUCCCUUCUCUCCGCCGGCUUCCCAGCUCCGCCGCAACCCAACUCGAUUCUCCUAUUCAAUUGCUCGAAUUCCUCCUCUGACAACUACAGCUCUCUGAUCCAGAGCUGCAGCACCCAAUCUAAAUCCAAAGCUGCCUGCUUUUCAUCGGAGAGAGAUGAAGGGCUUAGCGGUUCGUGUUUGAUGGUAAGCGAUUUGGGGAAAGUGGAGGAAAUGGGGUUUCAUCCCGAAAACCUGAGUUGCUCCCACUAUCAACCCAUUCAUCGCAGAUCUUUGGGCGGCGGCGGUGGCGAUCAUGAGGUUGAAUUGGGGACGAGGGUUUCGUUCGACAUUCCCGAUCAUGUCCCGAAUCCCUGUGAGGAGUGCGAGAAGAAGGGAGACUGUGGGGCUGGAUUGAAAUGCUUGUGCCACCCUCAACUUUGCAGGGAUAAGGUGGUUGCUGGAGCUGGAAUAGCUACUACUGCGGAUAGAAAUGUGAUCUUUCUUCUGUUUUCUUUUGUUGUAAUGUGUAAUUUCCUCAUCGGAUCUUAAUGAAUCUAAGGAGAGAGGUUUGAAGACA